AUGGCGGGGUCGGGGGCCAAGAUGCUCCGGAUACCAUUCAAGAUCGGGCAGCCCAAGAAACAGAUUGUACCCAAGACAGUGGAGAGAGACUUUGAAAGGGAGUAUGGAAAGCUUCAGCAAUUGGAAGAUCAGACCAAAAAACUUCAGAAGGAUAUGAAGAAAAGCACAGAUGCAGACUUGGCCAUGUCUAAGUCAGCUGUCAAGAUCUCCUCAGACCUGCUGUCCAACCCCCUGUGUGAGCAAGAACCCAGCUUCCUGGAGAUGGUCACGGCCUUCGACACCGCCAUGAAGAGAAUGGACUCUUUCAACCAGGAGAAGGUGAAUCAGAUCCAAAAGACAGUCAUAGAGCCUUUGAAAAAGUCCAGCAGCGUGUUCCCCAGCCUGAACAUGGCAGUGAAGAGACGGGAACAAACUCUCCAGGACUACAAGCGUCUUCAGUCCAAGGUGGAGAAAUAUGAGGAGAAGGAGAGAACUGGCCCUGUCCUCGCCAAGCUGCACCAGGCCCGUGAAGAGCUGAGGCCAGUCAAGGAGGACUUUGAAGCCAAAAACAAGCAGCUCCUGGAGGAGAUGCCCAAGUUCUACAGCAGCCGCAUCGAUUACUUCAAACCCAGCUUUGAGUCCCUGGUCCGGGCACAGGUUGUUUACUACACAGAGAUGCACAAGAUCUUUGGGGACCUGACGGCGCAGAUCGACCGGCCCGGCCUGAGCGACGAGCAGCGGGAGAGGGAGAACGAUGCCAAGCUGAGUGAGCUGAGGGCCUUGUCCAUCGUGGCUGAUGACUGA